UGGCGGAUGGCUAUGGAGUAUAACGGUGUCAGGCCUUUCAUCAGAGCAGCAGCAGCAGGAGGAGGAAGAGGAGGAAGAGGAGGAAAACACACAGGUGAACUGGCGCCAUGAGACUCUCACCAGCCUGGACGACUCUUGUUUUCCUUCUGAUUCAAGGAGCAUCAAAUGCGUGCACAGUUAAGAAACUGGGCAGCAGCACGGGAAGAUUCGCCAACGCCACCUUGGUGCGCCUGUCGGACUUCCUGAGUGCGGGGUACAAGAAAGGAGUGAGACCGGUGAAAGACUGGAGGACGUCCACCAUAGUGGCCAUAGACCUCAUGGUUUACUCUAUCCUCAGCGUGGAUGAGAAGAACCAGGUUUUGACGACAUACGUGUGGUACAGACAAUCGUGGACGGAUGAAUUCCUGGUCUGGAACCCGGAAGACUUUGAUGAAGUCAAACAGGUUUCCAUUCCCACUGCCAACGUGUGGGUGCCGGACAUCCUCAUCAACGAGUUUGUGGAUGUGGGCAAGUCUCCGGACAUCCCUUAUGUCUACGUGACACACGACGGGCUGGUGCGCAACUAUAAGCCCAUCCAGGUUGUCACAGCCUGCACCCUCAACAUCUACAACUUCCCCUUCGAUGUGCAGAAAUGUAGCCUCACCUUCCAGAGCUGGCUCCACACCAUUGAUGACAUCAACAUCACCCUGAUGCGAAGCCCCGAGGAGCUCAGGGAGGACAAGAGCGUCUUCAUGAACCAGGGAGAGUGGGAGCUGCUCCACGUGCUGUCCAACUACAAGAGCUUCAGCGUGGACGACGACGACUACUACGCCGAGAUGAAGUUCCACGUGGUGAUCCGUCGGCGGCCGCUGUUCUACACUGUGAACCUGCUGCUGCCCAGUAUCUUCCUGAUGGUGAUGGACAUCGUUGGUUUCUAUCUGCCACCAGACAGCGGAGAGAGGGUUUCCUUCAAGAUCACUCUGCUGCUGGGAUACUCCGUCUUCCUCAUCAUUGUUUCUGACACUCUGCCCGCCACGGCCAUAGGAACGCCGCUGAUAGGUGUGUACUUCGUGGUUUGCAUGGCCCUCCUGGUGAUCAGUCUGACGGAGACCGUGCUGAUUGUGCGUCUGGUCCACAAGCAGGACCUGCAGCCCCCCGUCCCCCACUGGGUAAAGUACCUGGUGCUGGAGAGAGCGCCGGUCCUCUUCUGCAUCCACAAGAAGCACCGCCUCUGCUCCAGACUGUCGUCCGAGGCGUCCGACCUGGAGCACUACAAGGAAAACAGCUAUGGGACUGCCCAGUGCACCCUCCACCACACCUGCGAGAUCGGCCAACGGCACGACAGAGAAGCCGGGCUGCUCGGACUCGGCCUGCCCCCCUCCAGGGACCCCACGCCGCCCGUCAUGGACAACAUCCUGCAUGAGGUGACAGCGAUACGCCACUUCCUGGAGAAGAGGGACAGGUGCCGGGAGGUCGCCAAGGAGUGGCUGCAGGUCGGCUACGUGCUGGACGUGCUGCUCUUCAGAGUCUACUUGGUUGCCAUGGUGGCCUACAGCAUCACCCUGGGCACGCUGUGGUCAGUGUGGCAGGUCGCCUGAGUCCUCACGCUGUGCUGAUCAUGUGGACACAAGCUCAGCAGGUAGAGCGUGGAAGUUAAGAGGCCAGACUUAGUAGCUCCAUGCCCCGUGCAGCUCAGUGGAUACAGGGAGGCACACGUAAAGUAAUGCAGCAGGGGAGGUGGUUCCUGUAAUUGGGGCAUUUGUACAUUCAAAGGUUAAGUGACCAAUUGGGUUUGUUAUCAUCAUUUAGCUUUGAUCAGAGAGUUUGAGUUCCGCGAGGGAAAUCUGAGAUGCUCUUCAGGACCGGACCAAGGCAGCCCGACACACACACACACACACACACACACACACACACUUAUAAACACCGUGUUAAUGUAUUAUUCAUAAAAGAAAACAAUAACAACAAACAUGAAACACCAGUGUCUGUUCAGGACACUUUCCUUUUUCAUAUUAAGUACUAAUAACAGCAGCAGAGAAGAAACACACUCCACUUGUUUCAGGCUCAGGAGCUCAGGUGUUUCUGACUCCAGCGUCCCUCCAUCUGAACACGAUAAUAUCUGUCUGUAAAAACCUCCUUUGGUCAAACCUGUCAAACCUGUGCAGCUCUGAAGAUACAGGAAACAGUUAAACUUGUUACUGAGAGAGAGGCCGGUGAGCAGUGUGAUAUCUGUUAACUAUUUAAAAUAUCUAUUAACAGUACAUGGAUUAAUACAUAAGGACUUAAUUGCAGCGAGGUAAUUACUACAUAAUGAGCUGUUUUGCACUUCAUGUAAAUUAAAGAAAACAUUGGAUUUUAUGCCCCUGUGCGUUGAAUGUGGGAUUUAUUGAUAUUCACAUAGAUAAUUAAAGAGAUUAAUUUUGUUUAUUUUCACGUCCUGGUAAAUCAGAAGUCUGUAUAUAAAAUGGUGGAAACUUGUAAAGCUUCAAACUAUAAUUAUCUUUAAAAUAUAGGCCAAUAUUUAACUUUAAUGUGUCACCUCCUUAUAAUAAAAUCUGUAUUAAAAUGUUGAAUAUCAUUUUUGUAACUCAGCGUGGAAAAGUUUCUCUAUACAGCAACAUAUUUAAUAGUUUUUAAUCUAAUGUUAUUAUAUAUAAUAUAUACUGUAUAUAUAAUGUAAGUGUGUUGCCGUGAGGAGAUGAAAUGUAAUUCUUCAUAACGAAAGAAAAAACUUCAUAUAUAAUCAUGUUUCAAUAAAUGUGUUUCAUCCUGACCAGUUAAUGUUUUCAGUGACUAAAUAAAUCAUUGACCAUC